AUGGCGCCCCUGCCCCUGUGGCUGCUGUGGCUGCUGCUCCCGCUCGGCCCGCGGGCCCAGAAGCUGCCCACGCGCGACGAGGAGCUCUUCCAGAUGCAGGUCCGCGACAAGGCCUUCUUCCACGACUCCUCGGUGCUCCCGGACGGAGCUGAGAUCAGCAGCUACCUCUUCCGAGACACGCCUAAGAGGUACUUCUUUGUGGUGGAAGAGGACAACACCCCGCUGUCCGUGACCGUGACCCCCUGCGACACCCCCCUGGAGUGGCGGCUGAGCUUGCAGGAGCUGCCGGAGGAGGCCAGCGGGCAGGGCUCAGCCUCGCGGCCCCAGGCCGACAUCCAGAAGGUGUGCAUAGGGAACAAGAACAUCUUCACCGUCUCGGACCUGAAGCCCGACACGCAGUACUACUUCGACGUGUUCGUGGCCAACAGCCGCAGCAACCUGAGCACGGCCUACGUGGGCACCUUCGCCAGGACCAGGGAGGAGGCCGCGCAGAAGACGCUGGAGCUGAAGGACGGGAAGGUGACCGAGGUGUUCGUGAGGAGGAAGGGGGUCAAGCUGCUGCGCUUCGCCCCCGUGUCCUCCCACCAGAAGGUCGCCUUCUUCAUCCACUCCUGCCUGGACGCCGUGCGGGUCCAGGUGCGCCGAGACGGGAAGCUGGUUCUGUCCCAGAGCGUGGAGGGCGUGCGGCAGUUCCUGCUCCGUGGGCGGCCCAAGGCCAAGUACCUCCUCCGGCUGAAGGGGAGCAGGAAGGGGGCGUCGGUGCUCAAGGUCCUGGCGAGCACACGGCCCGGCAAGCACGCCUUCCCGUCCCUCCCCGAGGACACGCGGAUCAAGGCCUUCGACAGGCUGCGCACCUGCUCGUCGGCCACCGUGGCCUGGCUGGGCACCCAGGAGAGGAGCAAGUUCUGCCUCUACAAGAGGGAGGUCGGCGACGCCUACAGCGAGGACCAGAGGAAGAGAGAGCAGAACCAGUGCCUGGGGCCGGACACACGGGCGAGGUCGGAGAAGGUACUCUGUAAGUACUUCCACAGCCGGAACCCGCAGCGGGCGGUGACCACGGAGACCGUCCGUGGCCUCCAGCCGGGCAAGGCCUACCUGCUGGACGUGUACCUCGUGGGGCACGGGGGGCACUCCGUCAAGUACCAGAGCAAAGUCGUCAAAACCCGCAGGGUCUGCUAGUGACCUGGGUGCAGGCGCGUCACGUGGACCUGUCACAGGGGCCUCCAAGAUGCGAGUGCCCGCGGCUGAGCACGAGGGAGGGGUGUCCGCGGGCGUCCGUGGAUGCUGGCGUCCCCUCAAGAGGGGAGACUGGUCCUCGCACGCCCUGGGUGCCUGGUGUGUGACGUCACAGACAGACCCCGCAGGAGCCACCAUCCCCGCUCUGACCACUGCAUGAACUGCUUCUAAAUUAUUUUAUUACCUGAAAGUUUAAAAGAUGCCAUUCAUUGCACACAUCCCCCCAAAUGCAAACCAGUCCUCUCGAUAGAUGCUAGGAUAUAUCGAUAUAAAUUAUUUUAUAAAGUCUUGUCUUAAAUGUCGGUGUGUCUAUGAUCGUAAACUAUUCAAGUCUCCUGUUAAAGCACAGAUCGGAUCUACGUCUGUGAUGUGGACGGUGCUCUGGUCAGCUGUACGGUAAAUGCUUAUCCGUCGCGUGGAAUGUUUAAAUGCUGUAUGUCUCUCCUGUGUGGAGUUGACACGUUGUAUCCAUGUACAUAACAUUAAAGAUAUUAGAGUCUAUUCUGCUCAUUUUCCCAAGCA